AUGAGACAUAGGAGCACAUACGCGCACCUACUUCAUAAAAAGAUGGUGGACACCCCACUGGCUCAAGUUGGCAAGAAUUUGACUGAAGCCAUGAGGAUCUUGGGAGAUGGACAACAGGUGCUGGAGGAAAGAACCGAGGGCUCGCUCUUCAGUAGGACCAGCAUACCUGGCCCAUUGCAGGCAGACGGUCAGGAUGUUGCCACCAUACUACGCCUUGUUCACAGCCUAAUUCAUGAAGAAGAAGAAGAGGGAGAUAAAAAUCCAAAGCCACACAGGAUGCAGAAUGUUGGUGAACAGGGUCACAUGGCACUACUGGGUCAUAGUCUGGCAGCAUACAUCUCUGUGCUGAAAAGAGAGCGACUGCGGAAGCUAACCACUCGAAUCAUGUCUGAUACUACAUUGUGGCUUUGCAGACUGUUCAGAUAUGAGAAUGGUUCCGCAUACUUCCAUGAAGAUGACAGAGAAGGUGUGGUCAAAGUAUUUCGACUGGUCAUCAAUGCCAACUAUGACGAUUAUGCUUCUGAGGGCUAUGCUGUCCUCACCUCAAAGCAGCCAGUUAUCUACCAGAGUGCAUCAGGCAGACCUGAGCUGGGACCGCAUCUGUGCAACCAGCUUGGCCUGCCUCUCUCCAGUUUGUGCACAGUCCCAUGCAACACCCUCUUUGGAUCACAGCAUCAAAUGGAUAUUGCGCUGUUGGAGAAUCUAGUUAAAGAAGACAUAGAAAGCGGAAAGCUUCCUUUAUUGUUAAUCGCUAAUGCAGGUACUCCUGGGGCGGGUCAUACUGAUAAGUUGGGGCGCCUUAGGGACUUGUGUGAUCAGUACAAAAUGUGGCUUCAUGUGGAGGGAGUAAACCUGGCGACACUGGUGCUGGGUGAGGCCACAUCUGCAGUUAUGGCAGCAACCAGAAGUGACAGUAUGACGCUCACGCCAGGUUCUUGGUUGGGACUGCCUGCUGUAACUGCUGUCACUCUCUAUAGACACGAAGACCCAGCACUGUCUCUGGCUGCUGGUCUGACGUCAAGUCAGCCUGUAGAGAAGCUGCGAGCAUUACCCCUUUGGUUGUCUUUGCAGCACCUUGGCAACAGUGGCAUCAUCCAAAAAAUAAGACAUGCCACCCUGCUGAGUCAACAAUUGCUACAGCAGCUCAAAACCAUGAGCUCCAUCAAAACAUCGGUGGAAGAUGAAAUCAACUCUCCUGUGGUGCUGCUCAAAUUUUCUCACAAAAUGAAUGAAGUAUCCAGCAGUGGAUCAGUGGACGCUUACUGUGCUGGGGAGAAGGAUUUACUUGAUGUCUUCAAUAGAUGGCUUGGCGAUCAGCUCGCUCAGAUGGUUCCUGCCAGCGGUGUUGAUGUUGUGGAGCUUGAAGACGAAGGCACCUGGGUCCGUUUCAAUCCGCUCCUGACAGCUUCAGAUUUGGAGACUCAAUCUGAAGAUGUUGACAACUUGGUUAAGAAAUUGUUAGAGUUGAUGCCUUUGAUGACCUCCACAAUGUCCUUCAGACAAGACUUUAAAGAGGAGCUUCGCAAGCACUCACCCUACCUCAGAUACAUAGAAGAACUCAGCUGGCCAGGCCUAGGAGCUGUCCGAUUCGAGCCUCAAGUGGAGGGAAUUGAUGAUAGCAGGAGAGAAAAGGAAAUUAAGAAAAUAAACACUGAACUGCUGAAGAAACUACAAGAGCUAGACACUGACAUUAUCUUCACUGGUCUGGAGUUUGGCAGCGAGAAGGACUGCAUCUUUAUAAGCAUGGUAGCUGAUGACGUUGAUGUUUCAGAGCUAGUCGAAACGAUAGCAGCGCUGGGGCGCGACAUUGAGGAGAAUGGAAGGCUACUGGAGAACAUGACAGAAGUGGUGAGAAAAGGCAUUCGAGAGGCAGAGCUGGAACUACUUAAAGCCAAUGAUGAGCGACUCAUGGAGGAGGGCAUGCUGAGACAACUACCUUUGGUUGGCUCUGUUUUAAACUGGUUUUCUCCUGUUGAAACCUCAAUUAAAGGGAGGACAUUCAACCUGGCAGCAGGGUCCUUGGACUCAACAGAGGUGACAUACUCCACCAAAGCCCAGGCAGGCAGACCGGCCUUGAAAGACUCUCCCAUCUUGUCAUCCGAGAGACUGCAAGGCCAGAAGUUGUUUCGGCGCUCGGGUGCAGCAUCUGAGUCCUUCAGUGAAUACAGCUCAAUUGGACAGUCUGAGGAGUCAAUCGGCAUUCACCCAUCCAUCACCAUAAAUGUAACAGAGGAGGACUCUGUAUGUCAACUCAAUCCAAAAGAAAAACAGGAUUCUGGUCUGGAAAAUCAGUAUGAGCAGGUGAAAGAUGAAGCAUUCUUGGAAGAGCGGAAGCUUGAAGGCCAAGAGGACCAGACAGCCCCAUAA